GCAUGGGGGAGCUCAGCGACCUGGACCGUCAGAUCGAGCAGCUGCGGCGCUGCGAGCUCAUCAAGGAGAGCGAGGUCAAGGCCCUGUGCGCCAAGGCCAGGGAGAUCCUGGUCGAGGAGAGCAACGUGCAGAGGGUGGACUCCCCCGUCACGGUCUGUGGCGACAUCCAUGGGCAGUUCUAUGACCUCAAGGAGCUCUUCAGGGUCGGGGGGGACGUCCCCGAGACCAAUUACUUGUUCAUGGGGGACUUCGUGGACCGGGGCUUCUACAGCGUCGAGACCUUCCUGCUGCUGCUGGCGCUCAAGGUGCGCUACCCGGACCGGAUCACGCUGAUCCGGGGCAACCACGAGAGCCGUCAGAUCACGCAGGUCUACGGCUUCUACGACGAGUGCCUGCGCAAGUACGGCUCCGUCACCGUGUGGCGCUACUGCACCGAGAUCUUCGACUACCUCAGCCUCUCGGCCAUCAUCGACGGCAAGAUCUUCUGUGUCCACGGGGGGCUCUCGCCCUCCAUCCAGACCCUGGACCAGAUCCGCACCAUUGACCGCAAGCAGGAGGUGCCCCACGACGGCCCCAUGUGCGACCUCCUGUGGUCCGACCCCGAGGACACCACCGGUUGGGGGGUGUCCCCUCGGGCCGGGUACCUCUUUGGCAGCGACGUGGUGGCGCAGUUCAACGCCGCCAACGCCAUCGCCAUGAUCGGCCGCGCUCACCAGCUCGUCAUGGAGGGCUACAAGUGGCACUUCAGCGAGACCGUGCUCACCGUCUGGUCCGCCCCCAACUACUGCUACAGGUGCGGGAACGUGGCGGCCAUCUUGGAGCUGGACGAGCACCUGCAGAAGGAGUUCAUCAUCUUCGAGGCGGCGCCGCAGGAGACGCGCGGCAUCCCCGCCAAGAAGCCCGUGGCCGACUACUUCCUGUGACGCCGGGGUCAUCCUGGGGUCAACCG